ACACUUUUCAAUCAGGAAAAUAUUAAACGAAGGUGGCAGAGUCCAUAUGAAUUUGAUAAAUCAGAACCGUCGCUUGCAGAGUUGAGAGAGCUGAGAGGAGCUAUACAAACGGACUUGAAGCUCUACCCCUCCUCGCUUGCUGCUUCACCAACAGCUACUUCCCCUUUCCCUCUGAAGGAAUUAAAAAACAUGUCCAGACUGUCAGCGGCACAAACGGUUUCUGAUGAGACUCUGCGAGCUUUAAGCAGUACAUCAGCCUUCAGACCACAUCCACCUCCUCCCCUGAGCCAUCCUAAACCCAGGCCACCGCCGGGAGCUCCUCCUAGCAAGGCUUCCGCAUCAGUUAAAGUAAUAAAUACUUCUUCACCGUCUCGGACUCAUGGGCAGCAUAGAAGCACGUCAGCCUCCACUGGACCUAGGAAAACCAAAGCGCCUAUCUGCAACAGGAUCACCACAUCUGUGCAUGCGAACCGUCACUUUACCACUUCACCUCCAGGGCCUCACAGUGACGAUGUGAUAGAUAAAACUGUUGACCGCAGCAGGACUCCGACUUCUAGUCCAAGUUUUCAAGUGAAAACGCCAAGAAACUCACCAAUCCACGAAACCCAUCUGUCAUCUCAUGGCAGAAUUCAUGGAGAGUGUGAUUUGUUGCAGAUGGAGAGAAAAAGCAGCCCUUUCUGGAGGACAAGAAACAUCAAUACAACCCCCUCACCCCAUAACUGUGAUGCAGGCAGUUACAGCAGCAGUAGUAUUGACCAUUCUGUAUCAACAAGUGGUAAAUCAAAGACACAAAAUGCACGAAAGAAAAGUACCUGCGGAAGUAGUUUAGUGUCAACAAGAGUGCAGACAGAUCGUGACAGAAGUAAGAAAUCUUUUCAUUCGGAACCUGGAAGCUCUCCUGCACCAACAGGAAGCGCUACAGUUUGGUUGUCACGGAAACCAGCCCCUCAUCAAACAGCGGCCACACUAGCAACUGCAGCAAGCGACACCGUCAACGAAGUCGAGGUAAUAAUUGUCGACAUUUCGUCUGUGGUUGUGAUGCAGGGUAACAGGAAUGGGAUGAUUCCCUUCCCACCACCCAUCAGCAGAGACAGGGUCAUCUGGGAAUUCCCAAAGUGCUACACGCUUAAUGCCUCUCUGCAGCUGAAGAAAGAUUGGGACAUUCAGGCUAAAGCGGCCUGUAAAGACGGAGCCGCUAGGCAUCAGCCGUGGGACCGGCAGAGAAUGUCAAAAGUGGUGGUUGUUGGAGACCUUAAUGUGGGGAAGACCUGCCUCAUUAACAGGUUUUGUAAAGAUGUAUUUGAAAGAGACUAUAAGGCCACCAUAGGCGUAGACUUUGAAAUUGAGAGGUUUGAGGUAUCUGGAGCACCUUUCUCCCUUCAGAUCUGGGAUACUGCUGGGCAGGAAAAAUUCAAGUGCAUCGCGUCUGCAUACUACAGAGGUGCUCAGGUCAUUAUCACAGUCUUUGACAUGGCAGACAUUAAGUCCCUGGAUCAUACACGCCAAUGGUUGGAGGAGGCCUUGAGAGAAAAUGAGCCUGACUCCUGUUUCAUCUUCUUGGUUGGAACUAAGAAUGACCUGAUGCCUUUAGAUGAAAGACAGAGAACAGAAAAAGAUGCCAUUGGGAUAGCAACAGAAAUGCAUGCAGAGUUUUGGGCUGUUUCGGCUAAAACGGGUGAGAACGUGCAGGGUUUUUUCUUCAGAGUGGCAGCUUUGGCCUUUGAGAAGUGUGUGCUGAAGGACAUGGAGAAUGGGCUCCCUGCUACCAUCGGACAUGGAGGUAGUAUCAAAUCAGAUUGUGUGAACCUAGAGAAAGCCUCGUCCCAAGACAUGAAGAGAGGCUGCUGCUGAUGAAACAAGGAACUCUCACAGUGUGCUGUUAAGGAGAGCGGAACCAGACACAGGCUCUCUUUGAGCUUCAGCUGCAGAAAUGAAAGUGACUGACCAUGUUCAAAUGUGCCUUAGGACAUGUUCCACUAGGUUUCUCACCAUUAAAGUCAUCAAAACUGCCAUGCAUUCUAUUGCAAAGGGUUCAACUUGUAUGUGCUCCUGAAAGCCAGCUGUUUUAGGAUUGAAGCUGACAAAAAUGAACUCUUUUUGCGGAUACAAAAUAUUAUGAAUUUGUCCGUUUUCAUUGGAAAGCUGUCAGUAUUUAAUACAGAAUUUAGACAAUAGUAAACCCAAGAUAAAACACAAUACAAUGCCAGUAACAAAUCUGACAAAUCAGUGUGUUUCAUUAAAAUAAGUUGAAUUUAUCGUAUUCUCAUGAAGUAUUGGUCACUUCUGCAAUACCUGUACAACCUCCACUAUGUCCAUCACCUCAGCAGUGGAUAGUAGUCCCUGGACCAUACUCAUUUAUGACAUACCAAUAUGGCCCCUGGUGAAACCUUUGUAUGGAUGCUUUUGAUUUUCUUUGCUGCUUUCAUAGUGUUUGUUUUUUUCAUACAGUAUUGUUGUGGAAUAUGUCUAAUAUCUGAAUAUGUGUAUAGGUUGUACUCUGUGAGCGAGGAAACCAAAUCUUAAUGUUUACUUUUAAGUAAUAAAAGUGUAAAUGAGUCCACUCUUAACUCUACAAAUAUAAUGAUCACGACAUUAUAAUGUAAUUUCUUAAAGUAGUAUCUUGAUUCAUUGGAGCGAAGGCUAACUAUAGCAGCUGUGCAUUUAUGA